AUGUCGACCAGACUAAUUUUGCUAAGCGUCGUGCUGUUGCAGAUAUCCGGUGCUUUAGGAAGGGACUGUCGUGAUUGUAUGGUGUAUACAUCAUGUCCAUCUGCCAAGGAACGUGUUGAAAAGUACCAAAACCAGGAUACGCUAAAUCUGUUCGAGAGCGCUAAUUGCGGUUACGAAGAUACGAGGCCAAAGGUCUGCUGUUCCUCUUUUCCAAAGCUCGAAACAAGAUUUGGAGAUAGUGGGCGAGAGGCUAAAGAGAAAUUACUGCCUAAAAACUGCGGACGUAUUUACGGGGACAGAAUUGUUGGAGGCACACAGGCCAAGCUAUACGAGUUGCCAUGGAUGACACUUAUAUCUUAUGUAACACGUGACGGCCAACGUUUCGAAUGUGGUGGAAGUAUCAUAAACUCGAGGUACAUCUUGACUGCCGCCCACUGUGUCGUGGGUAAGAAGAUCGCUGGAGUCAGGGUGGGAGAAUACAAUUACCUUACCGACGUCGACAGCUCCGACAACCCUCUAGAAAAUACAUGUGAAGAGUGGAUACAAGACAUCUACGUUGAAGAAGAGAUUCCUCACGAGAACUAUCAACAAUUAACGCAAGGUGUUCUCAACGAUAUAGCUUUGUUAAGAGUGCAGGAUGAAAUCGAAUUUAACCACCCUAACGUCAAACCUAUUUGUCUGCCGUUGUCUGUUGAUUUACAAAAGAAAAACAUAGUUGGUAAGAAUGGUACCGUCGCUGGCUGGGGUGUUACUGAAACCGACAUGGGUUCACCGGUUCUGUUGAAAGUGGAUGUUCCAGUACAUGGAAAGCUGAAGUGCGAAGGAUUUUAUAACAGGAAUACCGCCGGCUACAGAGUUACGAACCAGUUCUGCGCUGGAGAGCUAAACAAAGACUCUUGCGGCGGCGACUCAGGCGGACCCUUUAUGGUCCAACAAAGUUACCGGGGCAAAGACAGUCUCGUUCAAUACGGUAUCGUCUCGUUUGGACCACGCAAAUGCGGAUCAACAUUCCCCGGUGUUUACACAGACGUGACGAAAUACGUCGACUGGAUAUUAGAUAAAAUAAGGGAAUAA